AUGAAAUCAGCAAAACAUCAAGCAUCCUCUAUAAUUAAAUCAGGCCGCAAGGUUUCUCAGUCUUUUGAACAGAACCUAAAUCAAAUCAAAUCAAGGAAUUUAAGUUUACCAAAAUUAGAGGACGAAAACGAUUUAAUACGUAAGGCAGAAUUGUGUAAUAAGCCAGUUACAGUUAACAUCAAAUUCACAUUGGUUAUUGAAGAUAAAUUAUGAGAGAUUUUAGAUAUGCUAAAUUCUCCAAUAAUAAUUAGGAAAACCUUCUGCAUGAUCUAUUUUUAAUAUUUUUAGUUAAAAAAUAAUGCAAUAUCAGUCUAUUUAUGUUUGCGAGGCCUAAAAAAUUGUUAAAAAAAUAAAUAAUUUCUAUUAUUAGAAGUGCUGACUAAAUUAAUUGCAUUCAUAAAAGUGUUCAUUAUUAAUUAAUGAGAGCAAGAAAGAAUGUGGCAGCGAAGUUUCCUUGUGAUGAGUAUUGAUUAAUGAAUGAAGAUGACCCAAUUAAUAAACUGGAGUUUCUUUUUGGUGAAAAGAGAAUGAAGAGCCUUAUAAAGCAGGCAAAUGUUCUAGAAAAAACGUCUAUCGGAAUAUCUCGAUUUUGCUUUGGAAAAGAAUUGCCUAAUGAUUUGAUGCAGGAGUUUCGAAAUUUAUUCUUUUAUGUCCAUCAAAACUAUCUAAUACUUAUAAAAUUGAUGCUUCUCCGUUAUAUAGACUCAGGAAGCAACAAUACAUGGAUCCGCCUCUUAAACCAAAGAAUUGAAGAGAAGCAAGUAGAUGUUAUAAAAAAUGGAAGCAUCACAGGCUUUCUAAAACAGCAUACAGAAAUAAUUUAUAAACUACUACAAAAUAUUGCUGCUAUAAUAGAUGGAGAAGCCAAAGAUUACGUGAAAUUAAUAACUGACAACUUAGAGCAGAUGACUAUUUCGAAAGUAAAAAAAAUUUUUAAUUCUCUGGCUGAUAAUGUCCAAAGUUUCUCAGUUCAGAGCCCUUCAUCACCUAAAAGCGAAAUUCCUUAUUUACCGCCAAUGGCUAGCCCAGGAUAUACACUUGUAAUCGACCUGGAUGAAACAUUGGUCCAUUAUGCUGACUCAGGCCCGAAUGGAAUUCUAUUAGUUCGUCCAGGGAGUGUUGAAUUUUUGAAUGAAAUGAAAAAUUACUAUGAAAUCGUCAUAUUUACAGCUGCAUUGCCAGAUUAUGCAAACUGGGCAAUUGAGCAAAUCGAUACUAGCAGUGCUGUUUCUCAUAGACUGUACAGGCAGCAUACCAAUUUAAUGGGCCCAGCAUUCAUAAAAGAUUUAAAAUGUUUAGGGAGGGACUUAAGAAAAACAAUAAUUAUUGACAACAUACCUGACAACUUUAAAAACCAAAUUGAAAAUGGAAUUACAGUAAAGAGCUGGUAUGGAGAACUGGAAGAUACUUUCUUAUAUGAACUCAUUCCGUUGCUAAAAGAAAUUGUAAUAAAAAAGGUUCCUGAUGUCAGGGUUGCAUUAAGAAUAUUCCGAGACCAAGUUUUAAGGAUUACUUCAUACGUGCAUGCACAAUAAAGACUUUUUUUAGGUCUAUUUUAUUUUGAUCAAUUUUUUUUACCUUAACUUUUUAGCCUAUAUUUUUUUUUUUCCUCUUUUUAACCUAUUGUUUUAAUGCCUAAAAUUUUAUAAUAUAUCUUCUGUAAAGUAAUAGAAAAAAAUGCUUAAAUCACCUCAAUAUUGUCAAUAUGGAAUCAUUUCUAAAGCAAAUAUACCAAAAAAAGAUCAAUAAUUAUUGAGUAAACAAUAGGCAAAAAAAAUAAACCAAAAAAUAGGCAAAAAAUAGUCGUUGUGUUAUAAAGAGUCGUGCGAGUUUUAAGACAGUUCUUAAAAGGCAUAUCAAAACCACAUUUAAAUUUGAAGACUACAAAAUCUGAUUAA